UCUGAACACUAUUCUGUUGACCGCAGUAUUCACUGAAUGUAUGGUUAAUGUGGACGUAAUUGUCGUACGAGUGAGUCGUGCAGUGAAGUGUGAAUUGCAUUGAAUUUGGUUCACAACAACAUUUGGCAAAAGACUUCGUGUCCAUCGGAUCCCAAGUGAUGACUAUCACAGAUGACGUCCAACUGCCCACAUAUGAGGAGCUCGAUGUGCAGGAGAUAAACGUGUCGCAGCCGGUGCUCAAGGCAUCGGCCAUGCAUUUCGGCAAAUACUGCGACCAGAUAUCAAAGGAAUUCAUGUUAUGUCGCAUUGAGGAGAGAGAUCCGCGCAAAUGUCUGUCGGAGGGGAAGGCUGUGACGGCCUGUGGACUCGACUUCUACCGUCAGGUGAAGAAGAACUGUCGCAACGAAUUGGAGAAGUUAUCCAAAUGUAUGGAAUGGACUGAUUAUGACCUCAAGUUCUGGUAUUGUCGCAAAGAGCAGGGACUGUACGACCAGUGCAUGACUGAGAAGAUGGGUCUCGAGAGACCGCCGUUGGGGUACUUCACGCAAGUGAGGGUUCACGACACCCAACGACCCAAACCAUCGCCCACUGCACCCAAGUUUAUGGACCCCACUAUAGGACUGCCCGAAGACUUCCCCGAACAGGAGGCCAAAUACGGGUGGAGACACUGGUGGUCCUUCUGAGGCCAUCGUUGCCUCCAUUCUCUACAUU